CCGAAAAUCCUCUGAUCGUUUCGCUUGGCUCAUAACCGGAAAAGCUCACACGGCCAUAUCGAGUUCCCCGUUUAACACCAGUCGACCAUGUUGCCGUCCGCUCUUCGCUCUGCCAAGUCGUUGCAGCGCGUGGCCUGCAACUCGCGGGCCUUCGCUGCCGCAGCCAAACCCUUCAACGCCGACUCGUACGAGCAGAAAUACCUUGCCAAGACGUACAAUUCCAAUGGCGUUCGUGGCGAGCCUGGCCUCGUGUUCACACACGGUAAAGGCAGCAAACUGUACGACGAGCAGGGCCGCGAGUUCCUGGACUUUUACGCCGGCAUCGCCGUCUCCGGUCUUGGCCACGGCGACGAGGACUGGUACAAUAGUCUCGUGGAAAAUGGCAAAAAGGUGACGCACGUGAGCAACUUGUUCCACUCCAAGGCUCCCCUGGAGCUGGCCAAGAACCUGGUAGACAACUCGCGCUUCGACAAGGUUUUCUUCGCCAAUUCGGGCACUGAAGCCAACGAGGGCGCGUACAAGUUCGCUCGUCUGUACGCCAACCGCGUCUCCCAGGGAACGCCUUUGGAAGGUAAGAAAUUCGAGUUCAUCUCGUUCAAGCACGGAUUCCACGGCCGUACGGCUGCAGCGCUUACACUGACCCACAAGCCUAAGAUCCGUGAAGCUUUCAUGCCUCUGGUGCCUGGCGUCCACUACGCCGAAUUCAACGACAUUGAAAGCGUCAAGAAGCUCAUUUCGGACAAAACCGCGGGUGUUUUCAUUGAACCCAUGCAAGGUGAGGGUGGUCUGUACCCCGCCGACCCGGAAUUUAUGCGCGAACUGCGUGCUCUGUGCGAUAAGCACGACGCUUUGCUCAUUACGGACGAAGUGCAGUGUGGUCUGGGCCGUACGGGCAAGUUGUUCGCACACGAACUGUACGACGUGACACCCGACAUCAUGACGCUGGCUAAGCCGCUGGCUGGCGGUCUGCCUAUUGGCGCUGUGCUCAUGUCCAAUAAGGUGGCGUCGGGUAUCACCCCUGGCCAGCACGGUACGACGUUCGGUGGCAAUCCGUUGGUGUGUGCUGUGGCCAACACAGUGCUGACCAAGAUCAUGGACGAGGAUUUCUUGGAGAACGUGCAAAAGCGUGGCAAAUACCUGGCUGACGGACUGGAAAAGUUGCAGCAGAAGUUCCCGGAUCAGGUCGUGGAUAUCCGUAAACCGAUCGGCAAGGGCGGACUGUUCGUUGCUAUUGAAUGCAACAAGCCCGUGGGUCCACUUAUCGAGUACGCGCUGUCCAAGCAGGUGCUCAUUAUCUCCGCCGGUGAAAAGUAAGUUUUUUUUAUUUUUUUUAUUGCAAUGUCUAAUAUUUUUUUAUUUUUUUGUAGCACGAUUCGUCUGUGUCCGCCACUUGUUGUGGACGAGAAGGACAUCGAUAAACUUCUCGAAGUCUUUGAGAAGGCGUUCGAGGAGGACGUCCUGUAAAGUGCCACAGCCUCAGUAUAAACCAGGUCGAAUCGUCUUGACUUUAAAAAAAAUUGAUCACGAUCAAUUGGUAGCAGUCUAACUGUUUCUAUUAUCUCGGUUUACCGUCCCCAGAGUUCCAAUAGUGUGCGUUGAGCUCGCUUGGGUUGGACUGAGGAUUUCGCUUUGCGUCGAAGUUUAAUUCGCUUUGGUUGGGAAUGGGAAUCUUGAGUUUGUUGCGGUUGUUGUGCAGUGGGGAUCUCAUGGACAGGAUGCAGACGAGGCUCCGAGUUGCGUCUUGUGACUUGAGGAGAAGCGCGUUGCUUGUCUGGCAAGGUUACUCUCUGGCGUCUUGGAGAUAAAGGACGACUCGGUCGCUUGCUACUUCGUACGCGGUACGCAUAUCCGUCUGGUUGAUCAGUAAAUUCGUUCCAGUUUGUCCAUUCCGUUCUCCCGUCUGAGGAAUCGUCUGACGCUAGCUGUAGUUCAAAUUGUGCAGUUUUAUCACUAGUUUCUUGUCCACAAACCUGCCAGCAGCGGACUGUGCCAUCAUCCGAACAGGAUGCAAGUUGCGUGAAGUCCUGGGAACUCCAAGCGACUCCGUUUACCUCGUUUGUAUGGCCUUUCAAUGCAAAACAUGGCAUGCGUUGCUGAACACCCAGAGUAGAGUAUGAAGACGAUAGAGUCGCGUCGUGCGAAGCACUUAAGCGUGCGUCCCAGACGUACACUACGCCGUCUGCGGAUGAGCCGGCGAUGAAGUUUCCUUCGGGACUGAAAGCAGCUUUGCAGUAGAAUGAACUCGCUUGAUGUCCUGCACAGCGGAGACCUGUUCGAGCUUGCUGUUGUCCGAAAUCAACCACAGCAAUGGAGUCAUUCAGUACGUUAACAAGAAGGUGAGACGUACUUCCAGUCCCUCGUUGGCAAAGAGCUAACGAUGAAAUACCACGACGUGCUCCCUCACGACUUGAGCACGAGAUCUCACGAAUCGGUGUCGGUACUUUAGCUGUCGCUUUCUUCUUCCCAUUGUUCAGACGGCGGAGGUCCCAGAACUUUACGACUGCAUCCACAGCACCGGCUGUGAUGAUCUCGUUUCCUGUUGAACUAAACUCCACGCACGUGACACUGCGUGGCGAAGGUGACGUCGACGAGGCAGCUGUUGUUCGGCGUCUCCUUUUCUGGAUGGGCGACGUGAAGCUUACGUUAGGUGAAGAGGUUCUUGAUGGCGAAGGCUCUGCAUGUACAUUAUCUAGCGAAGAUAUAGGCUUCCCAGCCGCGCGAGUAUCCCAGAGUAACACUCUCCCAUCGCGUCCACCUGAAGCAAACACGUGAGCAUUAUCUGGCGCUUGACGCACACACUUGACACUCAUAUCGUGUCCUCUAAGCGUUGAUACAGGAGAGGCAGAGCGCACUCCUGCAGUCUGUACGUCCCAGAUUCUAAUCUCCAAGUCUCCUGCUGCUGUUAAUACCUGCGUGUCGUCUUGCGUCCAAAUUACGUCGAAUACGGCGUUGUGAUGCGCCAACCAGCGGCUUUUCCGGCGUCCUGCGGCCACAUCUACGAUCCCUACGGCCCCCUCUUCGUCCACAGCCACAAGGAAUUUCUUAGUAUGAGCGUAGUCGACUUGGAAGAUAGGCCCCGAGGGCAAAUAGCCUGUGGUUUGGCCAUUAAUAGGAGCUUCAGGCCCGUCUCCGAGUGCCAGGACACGUUGCGCAGGGCUGUGUAGUGACGCCAAUAGCGCCCGUUGGACCGAGCUGUGUUGUAGAGAGAUGGACGAGACGUUGGCACUAAUGGGAGGCGCAUCGUUGAGGCGCUUGGUAGGGCGAUGUCGUCCCCCCAAGGCGCCGAGUUGCAGCCUCGCUAGCUGCUGCGCGAGGUUCGCCAUUUGUAGCCUUAUCCAGUCAUGAAAAUGACUUGGUGUUUGUAUCCUGCCUAAUGAGAUGAAGUUUAAUGUGCUGAAAUGAUAGCAUGUUUUGAUGUGCCACA